CAGCAGUAACAGGUCCGAGACAGAAUCCAGGUCCUGCCUGGGCCAAUCUGGGAAGAGCUUGAUGAUGGUAUCGUAGGCACCUCUGGUGAAGGUGAUGGGCUGGUUCAGGCCCACCCAGAAGGCCUGCUGGGCCCACUCCAAAGCCUGGCUGAGGCCACGGGAGGGCUGGCCCCCUGCUGAUGCUGCUUCUCAAAGCCCCCCACCUGCUUGCCGUGAACUCCAUGCCCUGUGGCUGAGCAGCAGCACCGUCAUCCACCUUCUUGAGAAAGCCUAUGAAGCUGUCAAUCAUGCUCUCCACCUCCUGCAGGUCGAGGGCAGUGGUGGUGGCGUGCUCAGGGUCAGGAACGAGCUGGCACCCACCACGUCACCUUUCUCGCACCACCCACCUCCCAUGACCAGGCCACGUAUCCAGUGUUCAUCUUCGAUACCCACAUCCACUCGCCCAAGUGAUGCCCACCUUCUCGCUGACCUGCUCUGCUUGGAUCAGAGGCAGUUUUCUUAUUUUCUUUCCUCAAGAGGUGCUGCGCCAUACAGAAGGCCUUCUUGCCUUGUUUCCAGGCCUUCUCUUGGUGCCGCUGAGGCACAUCAGGAAGUGCUGGAGGACGUGGCACUGCGCCAGCACUGGGCGGCCGGCCGUGUAGCUCAUCCCGCAGAUCGUGCUCUUCCUGUGCUUGGAGAUGAAGUCCUCCUGGAAGCAGCCCAUGGCCCACUUCUCAGAGCCCAACGCCUCGCCAAGCACAAGAACUCCCUGCCUGACUUGACAGGUGGGGAAGCGGUUGAGACUGCGCCUCAUGGUGGCCAAGCUGUUGCCACCACGGGGGCCUAGGGAGCCACUGAGGACCAGGUGUGAACCGCCACUAGGCUCAUCCACCGUCAUGGAGCUGCCAUCCCACUUGGCGUCCUAGGCAUCAUCACCAUCACUGCCCUGACUGUCCUGGUUGCCACGAAAGAGCUGCUGAGGCCAUGGCUGUCGGGCACGCCUGCAAUCAAGCCUGCACCGGCUGCUGAAAGGUAUUCAGUGGUGGCACAUGCUGCAGCUGUAACACUUGCUGGAAAGUGUCAGGAAGGGGUCUCAAGGAAGUGGGCAGCAUACCGGGCACGGCCUCAAAGCCUCCCGACAGCAUGUUGGCAGCGUGGCUGAGAUGCUGGGGACACCAUCACCUGCCAGUCCCAGCUUGGAGUCAUAGAUCACCUGCCCGACACAGACGAGGCUGAGAAGAGGCCACAGUCACCGUAGCCAUGGAUGCUCUUGAACAGCCCUUGAUGUCCUGCUCCCGCACAGGCUUAGCACCGCGUGUUCCUGCAGCAAGUUCUUGCCGGGGUUCUCUGACCUGAAAUGGUACAACAACCGGGUGAGGUGUGCCAUGUCCCCUGCGUGGCCAUCCGUGCUGCAACUAAAGGCCCAUGGCACCCCUGGUGCCUUCCCCUACCAAGUAGAGCUGGGGUGGAGGCCGGGCCCCUCUGGACCUAGGACUUGUGCCCUGGGAGGGGACUCUGUCCAACAAGUCAAAUCAGAGGCCAUAGGGCAUGCUCCUGGCUGGCCAGGGCUGGGAGGACACCACGUUCACCCCUCCCUCUGGCAGCCUGAAAGGGACCAGCUUCCCUGUUGAGAAGGACUUCAUAAUGCCCAGGAGCCAUCUGGGGCUGCAGAGCAACUGGCUGGGAGCUGCCCUGGCUCCUUCCAUGCCAUGCUAGUCAUUGCCCACCAAGAGGGGUCCGAUGCAAGUGCCCCCAUGCAAGGGACUUAUCUCUGGACCUGCCUCUCAGUUUUCACGGGGCCCAGCAGGGCCUAGUGUUGUGGCCAAGAUGGGGUUGCAGGGCUGGGCCCCACUGAUGGUCCUGGGGCUGUGUAGGGUGGAUGUGGAAGGGACAGAGCACAGCAUCCCUGUUCAAAAUUUUACAAACGGAAGCAUGGAUCUCUGACAGCCAAGUCUCUGGGCAGCUUCGGGAGGGAGUUCAGAAAAUGCAUGGGUCCAUUCUGAAUCCUCAGGAUCCCCAGAGAGCAACCUGCUGCCCUGAGCUUUCUGGAAGCUUCUUCGUGCCCCUGGGCCUCAGUCUUGGAGACUGCCAGCCAGGUCAGGGUGGGAGAGGACCAGGGUUGCAUUCCGGGGUAAGGGGCUGGCUGCAUGGGCCCCUGGGGCUAAGCUGGUAGGCAGCGGCAGACCAGCCCAUCUCCCUUGCAGAGGGGCUAUGCUCACAGAGGCCUGGAUACCAAGGACUCUCGAUCGGGUUUGGCUGAAAAAACAGCAGAUGCGAGUGGUCAGCUUCUCCUCCAAGUCCAUUAAGUCCUCACAAGGCUGGGCCCCACAGACCUGAGUUUCUGGUGUCCUUGGCAUUCCUGCGUGGCUUCUUGAGUCUGACUCUGAGGACACCCCUGCAGGCUGCUGAUCACAGAGCAAGGGGUGUGUGGAUCCCUCAGGGCACGGGGAGCCGUUGGGGCACCUCAUGUCACUCCUGGGGCAGUGGCUUAGGAUUCAGGCUGGCUCCAGACUUCCUCCUUCACCUCCUCAUCCCAGGGCUGUGAGGCCUGGGUAACAGCCCUGAUUCAGAACCAGGUGGGAGAGGCCUUGGCUGUCACCUAGCCCCCU